CACGGAUUUAGAUUGUUUUGAGAGAUGAGUUGAGGGCUCUGCUAGCUAAUAGUUAGCUACCAAUGUCUAAGUACUUUUUGGACCCAGCAUUCAUUAUAAUGCAGAAGCAAAAGGACGGGUGCAGGAGGGGUUCAAGGUCCAGCUGUUGAAUGUGUUGCAUGGUCGCUCUUCAUGAGGGCAACUGUAUAGGACAGGAUGCCAGAGAUGACCGAAACUCAAACACCUGGUCAUAAACCAAAAAGAAAGAAAAACAAAGAAUCUCACAAUGCAGAUGAGCGGCACAGAAAGGAGAAAAUUAAUGCAGGUAUUAAUCGUAUUGGAAACCUCUUGCCUUGUUGCCAGUCACUUAAACAGAGUAAGAACAUGAUAUUGGAUCAAGCAUUUCGCUACAUCACCGAACUGAAGAAGCAGAAUGAUGCUAUGCUACUGGAAGGUGGAGAUAAAGCCCAAGCGGAAGAGAUUCGUCGACUAAGGCGUCAGUUGGAAGAACUGAGGAAGAAGAGCGCUCACUACAUCGACCUCCUCAAAGCUCAUGAUAUAAAUUUUUUAGAGGACCCUACUAUUCACUGGAAAGGCAAGCAGCGCUGUGUCAAACUGACAAAAGUGACCCCCACUCACAAGCUUCAUAAGGGGAUUGUUGUCUAUUCCAAUGGCAACGCGAUGUGCCCAUCAGGAAAACAGGCUGGUCUUAGAAAGCAACCGUCUGAAACAUUAAUUGUACAGCCAGCGGUCGAGGCCAGAUUGAGGGUUAAUGGAACUCUGCUGCAAGUUGAUGCAUCUUCUUCCACUCCUGCACUUCUGCCUGGAUCAGCUGCCACACCCACUCAGUCUACACCGGGUUUGAGAGUGAUAGAGCAAUGUGUGGUAGAAGCAGCAACUGGAGGUCCAACUCUACCACCUUCUGUGUCUUACAUCACUCUCCAGAUCCCCGCUGCCACCACGGCUCUGCCGCAGCAAACACAGCCCGCUGCCCUUCAGACUCUCUCUAUAGCAGCUACGUCUGCCUCUCAGCUUUCCAUUGAAAGCCCUGCACUGCUUACACCCUUGCAGACAGUUACUUCAGAGGUUUGCUCUUCAGCAGCACAGGACGCUUGCAUCAGGACUGUAAGCUACUCUGCUGUUCCAAGCAGCCAGGCUCUUCUUAGGACAGGCGCUGCAGGCAGCACCCAGACUACAUGGACGACAUUGCAGAUGGCGGGGAACACAGUGCAACCAGUCUGUCAGAGUCUAACAUUUCCAGAGGUCAGUGCUAACACCAAGGCUGUCCAGCAGGUGACUGCAUGUCCAGCAAGUGGCAAUCCAUCCGUUCAUCCCGUUCAGAUUCAAAUGCAGCGACAUGUACCCAUUACAGCUCACCCUCAAGCACAGUCUUUCCCAAAAACAACACAAUCACAAGCAGCAGUUCUAAACCAGGUGCAGUCUCAGUCUGUUCUAGCUCCCCAACCUCAAUGUGCCCUUCUUCCCCAGUCAGCCAUAGUACCACAGCCAGCAGUGAUCGCUCAUCCAGCUGUUGUGUCACAGGUCCAGCCUACUGUUCUUCAACCAGCUUCAGUCGUCCCCCAUCCUCCAGCAACUCUUAUACCGCAACCACAGCCUCUCCCUCAACCAACCUUGGUGCAACAGCCACAAGCCACAGUUCUCCCUCUUCUCCAAACCAUGCAGGUGCUGCAGGUCAACCCUUCAGGAUCACCAGCAUCUCGAGUAACAGCUUCUCAAAAUGCAAACAACGCAAGUGUUGUAAUCCUGCAGCAGGCAGGUGCAUGUCCUGCCCAGCCAGUCCUGAGAGACGACUUGAACAAUCAGACGCCAUGUCAGCACAUUGUUAUUAUCCAAGCACCUAAUCAGGCUCCAUCUGGAACCCAGAAUCCUCAAAUUGGCAUUGCACCGGCUGCUGUACCUGCUGUGUCCACUCAAACAUCCACAGUCUGCACUUCUGUGUCUACCAAUACCUUACCAAGCGUCGGAGGCAAGCAGCUUGUGCACAUUCUGCCUCGUCCCGCCCAGCCUCAAGUCACCCAGCCUUCCUCUUCUCUGCCUGUUUCUACAACCCCACAGACUUUCACUGUGAAUGGUCAGGUAUUUGCCCUGCAGCCUAUGAAGUCUUCUGACAAAGUUAGCUCCCAGAGUGGGCAAGGUACCCUCCAACUAGUCCAGCCAACCACCACUGAGGAACCAACUACUAAUGUGGCUCUUAAAAGUUUAGGUGCCCUAAGCAGUCUCAACCAGAGCAUCUCUCAGGGUCUUCCUCUUAGCAUUUCUAGCCAAAGCAGUUGUCAACUUCCAUCUACUCCGUUAGAAGUAGUGCAGCAGAAGCAACAACCAAAGCCUCUUGCUGCAGCACCAAGUUCUGGAUCUGCACUUCAACAGCCUCCCCAAAAGCUACAAGUUCCUUGUGUGAAGACAGUCACACCAGGGAUUGUGGAUAAUUCCCCGAAGCGUCCUGGAAAGAGACUUCAUACGGCUUUAAGUACAAAGAGAGCAACAGCUAAAAGGACUAAACCUAUUAGAAGAAAAGAGCUUAAUCAGGUACAGCCAUGUGUCAUAGGAGAGACCCAAACGGCUCAGGUUGCAAAACCUGAAGUCAUACAGUCCACUGCUAUCAAAGUAAUUGACAAUUUACCAUCAUCUACAACAGUUUCCACAACUGGUAGUAGCAGGGAAGCAACAUCUAGUGCUCAAAACACAAUGGUGUGCAGUUCAUCAGAAAAUGAACUGCAAAAAACAUUGAGCCCAUCUCCACAUGAUAAAAGUUCUGUCACUUUAUCUCAGAGUGACUCAACAUUUACUCAAACAGACACCAGUACCAGCAGAACUACUGCUACAACUGUUAGUACAACAUUAGUCAGAACUUCAGGAAGCGAGACUUUGGCUGUUCAGAGUGUAACACUUGCAAGUUCUACCGUUAACUUGACUGCAACCAAACCGUCUGUUGUAGACAGUAAACAGGUCACUGCCAGUGCAGCAGUUUGCACAUUACAGCAUCAGUCAGCUACCACCCCGUCUGUUUCUAAGCAAAGCAGUUUAGUAGAUACUUCUGCUGCUGCCAGUGCAGUUGGGUACACGUCUGCCGCAGAUUCUGUCACAAGUUUGACUCCUGUGUCUACGAGUGGUCUUACAGCUUCUAUUUCUCCAAAUCCAACUACACGAACAGCGUAUUCAUGUCCAUCUCAAGCAUCUAAAGUCCCUGAACCAGUCACAUGUGCUAAACCUAGAUCUCAGCCCACCACUUUGCCCUCUGUGUCCACAGCAUUGUCAUCAUCUGCCUCAUUGUGUUCUGCUGCCCAAAGCUCUGUCACAACCUCAACAUCAAAUUCAGAGUUUAGGAAAAGGACCACCGCCCCAAGAGUUCCAUUACAACAAGUUGAGGAGACUCUGCCCACCCCAUCUUCAUGCCGACCUGCUGAAGUGAAGCCACCGCUGGCCAAUAGAAGUGAAAGAGAAGCUCUCGAAGGAAGACAUUCCUCUACUGUAGAGAAAGACGUUUUGGUUCCAGUGACAUCUGCCGUUGCUAAGAAAGACUUUCCCCUGUCGGAACAGCUGUACACUAACUUGGAUGAACAGGCUAUUGAACAUCCCAUGGCAUCAAAUAGACAGACAGAUUCUCCCUUGUCCACGGGUUCAGCCGGUGGCAGAGUAUUCUCUGUGGCAUCAAUGCUCCCCCAGGGCCACAGUCUUGGUGGUUCAACAAGCUCCUUUGGUCCAUUUACAUUCACUUCUGAGCAGGCUGAGAUGCUGGCUUUGGCCAUAUUAGAACAGGACAACUCUGGGAAGAGGACUAGUGGAUGCUCUGGGGACAACACCUCUUCCACUACCCCCACCACAGUCUCAUGGGAUCCAACUAAAACUCCAUCAACAUCUACUAGUAAAGAACAGGGUGCAAUUGAGCAGCAGACUAAAGCAAUUAAAUCCAUGGAUCCAGUAACAGUUAAACCUGUUUCUGACAUGUCUGUCAGAGGACAGAUCGUAGAGGGGGCUGUCGGCGUGCCAAAUGGUGGUAGACAUCCACAGAAUGUGACAUACUCUCAGUCGCAAUCUCUCUCUCAAAGCCAGACCCAUAGUUCAUCCCAGAGUGAAACAGGAGCCAGUCUUAGUAUUAACAAUCUGAUCAGAUCCAGCCAUCAGGGUUAUCCUGGUUCCCCUAGUAUUCUUGGCCAUCAGGGCUCUGUCUCUUCUCCAAUGGCAACCUCUGCUCACAUAUCCCAACCCAUAAACAACGCCAUAUCACCAUGUUCAGGAGCUGCCCAAGACAUUGAGUACAAGAAAAAUACUUUAAUGAGAGCACAACCUGGAGUGGGCAUGGUCGAUCGACAAGUAAAGAUUAUAUCAAAGCGGCCGGCCCAAGAAGAGGUCAUGUUAAACACUGGGAAAAGGCCAAAGCCUUGCCCUCCACCUGGUAAUACCGUAAAUCACAUUGAUGGGAAAGCACCAGACCACAGUCAGAUGAUGGUCCAGCUGCCAUCCACUUCAGCUGCUGUCACGCCGAGGAUUAUUUCGGAAAGUGGAGGCCCUCAUUUCUCCUCAAAUCCAUUCACAAGUCCGUCAGUUCGUCCUACGGACGGCCACUGUCCCCCCCAAGCAUCUGCUGAGCAGAACCAGUCAGUUCUCCACGUGCCUCAGAGUCACCCACAGCAUACCGGAAACCAGCCGAGUCAACACCUGGGAGGAAGUUUAUACAUGAAACAGCAGCAUGAACAGCAAAGACACCAUCUGUAUCAUUUGCAGCACCAGCUGACACAGCCAGACCCUGCACAGCGCCUCUCACUACACCAGAGGGCGCUCCAGCAACAAGAGCAGCAGCAGCAUGUCCAGAAGAAGCGGGGAAUCGUCCGGGGUAAUCAAACCGGCUCACCGGCUGGUCUGCAGCAGCAGAAGCAGCAUCACCUGGAAAAGUCUGGAGUCCCUCAGCACUCGCAUCAACAACAGAUUCAGCAUCAACAGCACACGCAGCAGCAGCCACAGCAACUGCAACAGCAGUCACACCAACAGUCACAACAGCACCAACAACCCACCCAACACCAACAGCCUCCCCAACACCAGCAGCACCAGCCGCAGGCGCACCAACAACCUCCUCAAGCGCAGCAUCAGCAGCACCAACAACUGCAGCAGCAGCAGCAGAGCUCUCACUCCAGACACUCACAGCACCUGCAGCAGCAGAUCCAGCAGCAGCAGCAGCAACACUUCAGACACCAGGAGAAGAGCUGUGAAGUCCAAGCAGCAGGAUCCAGGGGCCACCAUAGCAGCCACCUGGCUCAGCAGGACCACCUGAAGCCCGGCCAGGACCAUAAUGCUUUGCAGAGGAUGAUGAGUUCCAGGAGCCUGGAGCAGCAGCUCAUUUCUUCUCCCAGCAAUCCCGUGUCCCGUUCAUCUGAUCUGGGCUGUGCUUCAUCUCGCCAGGAACGCCACCGUGUGUCCAACUACUCUGCUGAGGCUCUCAUCGGUAAAUCAUCCACAAGCGGCGAGCAGCAGCGAAUGGCUCUCCAUCUUCAACCUGGUCGCAGCAGCGCUCAGGAGCAGCCAGACCUCCGCGGUUACUUGGACACACCCAGAGGGAAGAGCAGCAUCCCUCAUAACCCUCAGAACCGCCUUCCGUCUGACCAUCAAGGGCCCACGGAUGUUCAGCGCGUUUCUGAGUGUCCGCCCUUUAAGGUCAUGGGGGGUGGAGGAGGAACGCAUCAGCUCGGGGGUUUUGAGGCCCAGGUGUCUCGUGGAAAUGAAAUGGUAUCCAAGUCCGUUCCCCCCUCCCAAAGAGGCCCUCAGGGGCAACAGCAAGGGGGCUUCAGGAUGAGUGUCGGCCCUUCUGCAGAUAGUAGAAAUCGUGGGGGGUACACCGGGCCUCAUCUCGGGACGCAAGGGAUACAAGUUGGAGCGACGGCGCCACGUGAGCAAGAGAGCUGUCAUCAGAGCUUUAUGCAGAGCCUCUUGUCCCCCCACCUUCCUGAGCAGACCAACCACCAACGAACAGUGCAGUGCUGUCCCCCAGUUAGCAUGGAGUACAGCUGUGUGUCGGGGAGCUCUUCAAGAGACAUUCAGGCCAAGGCCUCCAGCCCCAGCGUUCCCCACUCUCAGAAGGCUCCAGCUAUGCGGCUUGCAGAGGGUCACAAAGGCCACAUUCCUCAGGUCAGUGGUAAUCUGCAUGCUGGACCAGGUGUGCGAGCAGGUGUCCCCCACCCUUCAGCCCCGCACAGCAGCUCUGAACCCGGCCGAUCCUCGGCUUCUUCCAGACCGCUCACCGCCGUCAGCCAUCACUCUCGUCAUAUCGCCAGGGACACUCAGUCUACCAAACCCAGACCCGGUGAGCGGCUCCGAUCGGGUCCCCUCAGAUCCACUAACCCCUUUGAGCCAGAGAGCCACCUCCCUCUGCCUUCUGGGGGUGGGGUGCUGCUGAGUCGUUCUCAAUCUGGUGGAGAGGCACGACGCAGCACUAUUGUACGUUUUAUGCCAGACGGAGCACAGGUUCCCAGCGACAACAAUCUAGUCGCUGAUCAACAUUUAGCACAAAAUUUUGGUUUCCCAUUCAUCUCUGAAGGAGGCAUGAAUCCUCCACCCCCCAUCAAUGCAAACUCCACCUUCAUCCCUCCUGUCAGCCAGCCAAACACCUCCCGGACACCGUCCCUUCUCCCCGUGGAGCCCCAAAACACUCUACCUUCCUUCUACCCCUCCUAUUCUCCAGCCGCUCACCCCAGCCUCUCCAGCGACGUCACUCUGCAGUACUUUCCUAACCAAAUGUUUACAAGUCCAAGUGCUGACAAGGGCAGCGCUCCUCCACUCAACAACCGCUUCAGCUCCAUCCUCUCCCCACCCCGCCCAGUGGGGUUUGCUCAGGCCAGCUUCCCUUUGCUUCCAGACAUCCCCCCCAUGCCCAUUGCCAAUUCUUCCUCCAUCACUCCUCACAUCUCCAACUUCAGUCUCACCUCUCUGUUUCCUGAAAUCGCCUCUGGCAUGUCCACCGAUGGCUCAGCCAUGCCGAUGUCUCCUCUGCUGUCUCUGCCCAACACCUCCUCUGCUGAUUCCAGCAAGCAGCCCAACCGGCCAGCUCAUAAUAUCAGUCACAUUCUGGGCCAUGACGGCAGCUCGGCUGUGUGAGACCUGCUUCCGUCAGAAAUUGGGUAAUUCUAGUAACAUUGAAAAAGCAGGUGCACUUAAUACAGUUUUUUAUUAUUAAAAAUAUUCAGUUUAAUGUGACUAUGAAACGUAGUUUAUUUCUAAGGAGACAAAAAAAUAUAUGUUGAAUUGUUGGUUAAACCAACAAGUGAUGAAAAUGAAGGUUUAGUACUUUUUGGUAUCUAGGGUCAUUUGAAAGCCUGCUGCACAGUUACUAAUGUAAAUUUACUAACUUAUCAGGUCGUACUGUACAGAAUCAUUUCCCCCCUAAGAGCUAUUUUGUAAAUACCAAUGUUUCAUAUGAAAUGUGUUAGAUUGUGUAUCUAUUUGUAAAUACAAAUUUGAUUAAUAAAGUUUAUAAGGAGACCUUUG